AUGCGUAGGCAAACAUCUGUGGCCUCACUCCUGUACGCUCACCUCUUUCCUCAUCCUGGCCCCUCGGACCCGCCCAACUUUCAGACCCAUCUUGCGCGCGAUCUGAUUCCAGAAAUUCGCAUCGAAACCGCCACUUUCUAUGGCAGUCUGGACAGCAUCGAGGCUCGCUACCCUGGCUUAAACUACUGUCAUGGUCCUCACCGCAUGCGCCUCGGUCGAUUCCCCCAUCAUGCACGUCUGUUUAGCGCCAUCGACUAUCUGGCAAUUACAGACCAAGAAGUCAUGGACUUGGUGCGCUGGGAGGGCACCUUGUGGGCAAGACAGAGAUUUGAAAGAGACGAGAACAUCAAGGUCAGAGACACGACGGGCGACGGCAUCUCCGAGUGGAUCGACCCACGCAUCCAACCAAAACAAAAGACCUUGAUUCGCGUCCACACCAAGGUCGACGUGACCGAGGGCAGGCACCCUGUCGACAUGCUCCUGGACGACCAUGGCCAUCUAGAUGGCAUCGAUCGAGAAUUAGAACAAGAAAACGACGAUGCCGAAGAGGAUCAUGACGAAGAUGACAACGACGACGAAGACGUGGGCGAUAGUAUACAAAGUAUUGGUCACGACUUGAAUCGCCGCCUUUUGGCAGCCAUUGCUGCGCGACAGCAAGGCCUCAACGUCGAGAUGGAUCCAGAAUUUGAAGCCUAUCUCAAAGAACUGGUUGAAAGUGGCCAUCUCUUAGCCACAUCACGUCCUGUCGACGGUCCCAUGAGUCACUCCGAUACUUCGUCACCAAUUUCUCGUCUUACAGCAGCACCCAUUACUGUCCCCGGUGUUGCCGCUUCUACCACCGCUGCAGCCGCCGCUCUUUGGCAGCCAACGGCGUGA